CGCUUCUCAAUUGUGGGCGGACCGCUGCCGCUGCUUUGCUUUGCUGCUCAUUUGUGACAACUGCUCUUGCUGCACAACAGCGACAACAGCAGCGACGACGACGACGACCAUGACAAAGGCAACACGGAUGGACAAUGGCCACACCCUGGCCUGCUUCCCAGACGAAACUCUCUUGGACACACUGUCGAGGAUUCUGAACGAUGAAGAGGAUGGCCACAUCACGGGAUUUAAGAUUGUCGGUAAACUGUACCUACCUGGCGACUUGCAAAGGCCCGUGAGCAAGUUCCACGGAAGGAUGGUGGAGAUCACAACCAACCUCAAGGUGGUCACCAUUGAGAUCUCCAACGCGUGACAGCGAGCAAACGGCAGGUGUACGGAGGUGCUAGGUUGCUGCUGACUUAAUAUCCCGUGAACAUAAGUCCUCGUCGCAUCAAGAUGAAUAACAGGGCGCCAUAUGUCUGUCCUUUCUCUUCCCCCCUUCUUUUCUCUGUUUCUUCCUUUCCCUUCUUAUUCUUGAGCUGCUCUGCUUGGGCAGCGGGGGGAGGCAGCUGUGCCUGAAAUGGCCGCUGGUGUUACAGUGUGUGUGUGUGUGUGUGCAUGUGUGGCCGUGCACUUACAAUGAGUUGUGUAUGUGCACAUGCGCAUGCAACUUGAGCACUGUAGACUUGACUCAUCCCCACCCCCAACUGUAUUUCUUCGGCUGCCUUGUUGCACUUCACGCACUCCCUUUCCACGUUGUACUCUGCGUGUACAUGUCUUCUUGCGCUUGCUUCGUGUAGGUCCGUUGCUUCAAGUUGGUGUUGAUGUUGAUGAUGAUGAUGGAUGAUGGUGAUACCAUUGCAUGCGAUGAUUUGAUUACGACACAUGUACAUAUUCGUUGUGUUGGUUUCGCUUUGCCUUGUUUUCUCGUUUACCUGCUCCUCGCUUGCUUCCUUGUUACUUGUGUGCAAUGAACAACACAAACAUCAAAUUGCAUUGUCC